CAGCUCGUGUCUAUCGUCUUGGCCACAGUUCGCGCACUGAACAGGAGAAGCGUUCGUAAUGAAUUGCUGCGCAUCUUUGCCAAGACCGGCUCUAGCUUGACAUUUCGAACAAUUGUCCCCGUAUGUCGUGAUGAGACUGAAGGAAUGCUCCGUAUGGUUCAUCUGCAAACAUCGCCCUGCCACAAUAUGUUCAGUGUCACCACCGGUCGAGACGUUAGCGGCCUACGCCUCACUUAG